AUGGAUAACUUUAUGAAUCUUGCCAAGAAGGGACUUGAAACGUAUUCAAACUCCAGUUCGAACGUUUCCAAGACUGGAGGAGCAGAGCUCAAUCCUGGAAACAGUCAAUCUGGGCACGGUCCGUCCUUCGAUCAUGAUGAAGUUGUUAAAACUGCCGAACAGCACGGCUCAGGAGAUAGUUCACUCUUUGAAGCAGCUUUGGGAUUCAUUUCGAACAACAAGCAAGACCACCAACAACCCCUUGAUGAAGAGCAUGUCACGAAGGCGCAUCAACAGGCAUACCAGGAGAACAAUGCUGGUAAUAUGAGUGCGAAUUCGAUUGGGGCUGCUGCCGCCCUGCAGAGCCUUAAACAGUUCACCAGUGGAAGCGGAGCAGGAGCUAGCUCCGGUGGUUCACAAUCUCAACUCAUUAGCCUUGCAAUGGCGGAAGCGUCUAAGUUGUUCGACAAGUCCGGUGGCCCCGCUUCAGGCAACAAACAGGAUGCAGUUAAUGGUGCUGCGAUGACCGUCGUGAAGUUGCUCGUUCAGAGCAAGUUUGGUGGUGGCCAACCGACUGGGGGAAGUAACUCCGGUGGUCUGAGUGGGCUUUUGAGUAUGGCAUCCAAGUUUGCUUAG